AUGGUGAAGAAGAACUCUAACAGUAGUGACUUGCAGAACAGCGCAAACAGCUCAAAUGAAGCAGAGUCACGAAGGAUUAGCCGAAACGACGGCAGCAACUUUUGCAUUGAAAAGAUAUUCUGUUAUGAGCUUAAGAAUUUUCUCUACGUGGUAGGCUCUAGCAACUGCAAAACAAAACACCGAGUACUCAAGUUUGAUCGACGUUUCAAAAACAACCUGGUCAUCUACGACAACAAACGUGUGAUGACGACGGCUGAGCUUAAUGAGUACCGUGCCCAAGAGGGCUUUGAUCCGCCGGCGAAGAUCGAGCCAACGGUCGCAUUCGGCAUUGUUGGUUUUGUCCGCUUUCUCGAAGGGUACUACCUCAUUUUGAUCGUCAAGCGGCGUUGCAUGGCCAUCAUCGGUCGGCAUUGCAUCUACAAAAUCGAGGACACUACCAUGAUGUACAUUCCCAAUGAGGACCGGGCAAACGGCGAGGAGCUCAAGUACCUGCGCGUUUUCAAUAACGUCGACAUGAAGAGCAACUUUUACUUUAGCUACAGCUACGAUCUUUCAAACACACUCCAGUACAACCUGUCGCCCUUUUACUCGCGAGACGUCGACCAGUUCAAGUGCGGUUUUGGCCACACCAAAACACUGUGGGACAUGGCGGACAGCUUUGUCAACGCAAACGAGUACGACUCCUUCAACGACAACUACGUGUACAUCAACCCCAAUAUGAAGUUUGUCUGGAAUGAGCACCUGAUCACGGCGAUGUGCAACGUCCACAAUGACUUCUUUCUCUACAUCUGCCACGGCUUCGUCAGUCAGGCGGUGAUGCCGGUCAGCGGCCGCAAUCUGCUCAUCACGCUCAUUGCUCGCCGUUCGAAAAAGUACGCCGGCACACGGUACCUGAAACGGGGCGCCAACUGUGACGGUUUCACCGCCAAUGAGGUGGAGACAGAGCAGAUCGUCCACGAUGGCAACAUCUCCUCAUUUCGCUACGGCCUCUACACGUCCUUCGUUCAGCUGCGCGGCUCAGUGCCCACCUUCUGGUCGCAGAACAUCGUCAAGAUUGCCCCCAAGCCGCCGAUCAACAUCGACUUGAAGGAUCCGUUUUUCGAGGCGGCGGGCAAGCACUUCAAUAACCUUCUCUACGACUACGGCUCGCCGAGCAUUGUCCUUAACUUAGUGAAGCGCAAGGAGAAGAAGCCACAGGAGAGCAUUCUCUACAAUGAGUUUGAGGAGGCAAUCGAGUACCUGAACCAGUUUCUGCCCAAGCAGCACCAGAUCAUGCUCAUCGGCUUUGACAUGGCGCGAAUGAACAAAAUGAAAGACCAAAACGUCAUCACGCUACUCUCGGAGAUUGCCCUGUACACGCUGAAGAAGACGGGUUUCUUCCAGAACCGAAAUAUCGCCAUAAACAGAGAGAGCGGCUGGCCGAAGACCUUUCCAAAUUGUGGUUCCAGUUCUGAGGCGUUUAACAGCAGCAGCAGCACCUACCAGCCCAUCUUCCAGACGGGCAUCAUUCGCGUGAACUGCGUCGACUGUCUGGACCGGACCAAUACCGCCCAGUUCGCCAUUGGCCGCAUUGCCCUCGCCCACCAGCUCUUCACCAUGGGCGUCAUCGCCAAACCGGAGCUGCCCUUUGACACCGACAUUGUCCGCCUGCUGGAGGAGCUGUACGAGGACCACGGGGACACGCUGGCGCUGCAGUACGGCGGCUCGCAACUGGUGCACCGCAUCAAAACCUACCGAAAGAUUGCGCCGCUCACCUCGCAGUCGAAGGACAUCAUGCAGUCGCUGUCGCGGUACUACAGCAACGCCUUCAGCGACUCGGACAAGCAGAAUGCCAUCAACCUCUUUCUGGGCGUCUACCAGGCCAGCCGGGGUCGACCGCUGUGGGAGAUGGUGAACGACUACGCGCUGCACCACAGCUUUGCCCUCUGCGUGCCCACGUUGCCGCUGGGUAAUGGGGCUGCUAAUGGAAAUGGUGGAAAUGGUAACGGAAGUGGUGAUGGCAGCCAAAACGGUCACUCCAACGCCAUUGUCGUCGCCCGACGUGGCAACCAGGGCGUCCGAAAUCGCUACACCAAGUGGUGGUCUGAUGAGAUUGCCCUCUGCCUGCCGCGGGCGGCCCGUGAGUUCUUCAAGGACUCCCAUCGAGAGGACCCGAUCUACGUGAAGCGCUUCCUCUCCUACGACUGGUUUUUCGACGUGCACCGCCUGCAGGAGUGCAACGUCCUCCAGGACCUCUUUCUCUUCAACAUGAAGAAGUCCAAGUCGUACGUCGACGUGAUGUCGGUGAAAAAGCAGGCCAACUUUCGCACGCAGAACCGCCAGUCGCUGGUGGGCAUUCCGCUGAACACCGCCAGCGGCCCGAAUGACGACAGCGACCCCUCUGACCUAUCCGACACGGAGAACGACAACAUCAUCAUUCGCUUUGAAAGCGACUGCCAGGGGCUGGAGCACGAGGACGGCGACGUCCACGACGGCGCCGAGUACGACUUCUCCUCUGGGGGCCACGAGUCACACGGCGUGACGCCCGACCUGGAGUCCAAGGCGAAGCAAUUUAACGCCAACUGGCUGGCGCUGUCUAACCGCGACUUCACGCGACCCUCCUACGAGCGCCGCGUUCGCUCCCACUACCGCAGCCUGGUGAUGAGCCCCACAAACAGCUCCCUCGGCCACAAACUGUACAGUCGCUAUCUGGACUACGAGAGCUCCACCAGCGGAGAGCAGUCCACUGCUGCCGCCCACAAGUUUGCCCACUUUAUAAACAGCGGCGGCAGCAGUCGUCCGACGAGCAGCGAGUCGACGAGCACCAGCGGCGGCGGCGGCGGCGGCGGCGGCGGCGGCAAGCGGCCCAGCAACAGCAGCGUCGAGCAGAGUCGACAUUCGUCGCCGGCGGUCAGUCGCAGUCCGGAAAAGUCCACCGUUAAUGUUGCCGUCAGUAGCAGUUCUCGUCACUUGCGCCACUACUUUGAUCCACUGCGACACUACCGCCGCUACUUUGCCAACAACUGA